AUGGGCUGUACUAAUAGUCCAUAUGAAGCUCAUUUUGACGACCUCCCGCCGUGGUGUGUUGCAGGGAGGGCCGUAUGGACGGCAACGGUGCCGCUUGUAUGUUUCCACCUAGUAGAGAAACAUACACUGGAUCGUGUUGUUCGUCAAUUCGGGAUGAUCCAAGAAAUUCCCGAAGCUGUUAACAUUGACAGAGUGCUUCAUGGCAUUGAUUUGAGGGGGAAGAUCGGUGUUAAUUGGAUGCAGAAACAUGCUGUGCAUAUCCUUGAGUGGGGUAAUCGCUUUUAUCGGCGUUGUGAAGCAGUGCUUGGUGAUAUGCCUCCAGAGCACGAGUACCACGACUGGUUCAAAAGGGUGACUCGGAGGUUCAUCGAUAGGCCUGGUGCUGUAGUGACUCUGCUGAUUGAAGGAUACGUCCGUUUGUUGAGGCGUCAUCCAGUGGGCACGGAGGACCACAAUGACAUUACUGAGGUGCUGACGGCAGUGCAGGCGAUAACACGUGUCCAACCUCCUAUCCCUGAGGCCCCGAUUGAGGAGGCAGCUAUGCCUACCGGCCCAAGCACGAGCACAGCUCCGGCCGGAUGUCAAUCCCGUCCGCCUGUUGCUACCCCUUAG